GAGGAAUGGUACUGUAAAUUCGACUUCAAGGUAAUUUAUUACCUCACGCGACGCGAGAAAUACGUCACAAAUGGAUUUUGCCACAAUUUGCUCCAUUCCCAAAACCACCGUCAGGCAUAUCCUGAUAUUAUCGUUGUCAAUGUCUAUGCCAAAAGCAGUAUUGUAUUACGACCCUAAGUCCAUCUGGUCUUCUGGGGCUCUGCUUACUCUGAUGGAGAAGGGCUAUGGAGACGACGAACUUAAUCUAAAGAUCGUGGAUCUCAGCAGAGGCGAGAAUUAUGGCCCAUCGUUUCUACGCCUGAAUUCGAAAGCUACCGUCCCAACUUUGGUAGUUCCCCUGGAGAAAACUUUGUCCGAUGAAGUCGAAAGUCGUUACAAAGCCAUUACAGAAACCAAAGGGAUCAUUGAAUUCCUGGACAAGUCGCGUUCUCCUUUGUCGCGUACUCACACAACAUCCAACGCUCCUGCCCCUUCUUUGACCCCCGCUACCAUCGCAUUUUCGACCACAUCCAAGAUAAUCAUCGAUGACAUCCUUCACUCUGAACCUGCAAAUCCCAAUAACCUCUUGUUCAUGAAUGCCCGAGAUGACCUUGCUUUACGGGAACUUUCUAGAGCUGUUUUUCCUCUGUUAAAAGGAAAACACCAGGCCUUGUCGCAUUACCUUGCUGAAGCAGAAACCGGAAAGAUCACCGUCACGGAAAAGAUCAAAGACUUUUGGCGCAACGAGAAUACUGAGGUUGAGAGCCUACUAUCCGUGUUUGAAAAAGCGCUGCAAUCUAGUGCUGAAAUAGAUGAAGAAUCCAAGAUCAAACGUGCAGCAUAUUUCAAUAUUGCCAGAGUAGCAUGGGAAACUGGUAUGCCAAAAAUCCUCACAAAACUAAAUGACGAAGUUAUCGGACCGUUUGCUUUGGGCGAACAGGUCUCCAUUGCAGACCUACAUCUCGCACCAUGGCUUGCGCAUGUUGCAAAACUUGCUGGUGCUACUACGUCUGACGAUGGAAGUAGUGCCAUCGAGAAAAUCGAGAAACACGUUGGCAAUGGAUUCUCCCUCACUCGCGUUAAUUUGCCAGUAGACUUGAUGAAACUGGAAGGUGCCCGUCCUGCAAGCCGCAGUAAACUUGCUGCCUUUUGGGACGUUGUGAAAGAGAGGCCGAGUUGGAAGAAAAUUUAUGCAGAUGGACUGGUUUAAAUAACGAUUGAACGAGAGUGUACAUUAAUUGCAGCAACGUAGAGGUUGCAUAGGAGACUGAGAGACCCGUGCUCAUGAAUCCUGUGCGUGAUACCAAUAGCGCC